AUGAGCGAAAGUUCGAAUCGAGAGCGCCGCCCCAGGAAACGAUCCGGAGCGGCGAAUAGUGAGAGCGACCCGGAUCGAGUAGGAGGAGUUGGAGACGAUGACCUCCGGAGCGGCGCCAGCGGAGCCGCAAGCGACCGAGCCCUAGAAGAUUACCCUCCGGACCAGCUUUGCAAAACACAAGCAUUGAGCACGGAGCAGGUGGCCUCCUUCUGCCGCAGCCUCCAUGAGAUGAACCCCUCAGAGUGUCUGUCGUCGUCCCCCAGCCCUGACUCCCCCUUCCUCCCCCACCUCCCCCUCACUCCCCCCAAGCAACUCUCUGACGCAGACAAGCUCCGGAAGGUCAUCGGGGAACUGGUGGAGACCGAGCGGACCUACGUCAAGGAUCUGAACUUCCUGAUUGGUCGAUACCUGCGGCCGCUGCAGAAGGAGAAGUUUCUGUCUCAGGACGAGCUGGAGGUGCUGUGUGGGAACCUAGUGGAGAUGGUGCAGUUCCAGGUGGAGUUCCUGCAGACUCUGGAGGACGGGACGAGGCUGGUACCGGACCUGGACCAACUGGAGCGGGUCGAGCAGUUCAAGAAAAUCCUCUUCUCUCUGGGCGGAUCCUUCCUCUACUACGCAGAUCGCUUCAAACUCUACAGCGCCUUCUGUGCCAGCCACACCAAGGUGCCCAAGGUGCUGGACAAAGCCAAAACAGAGCCUGAGUUCAAGUCGUUCCUGGAGGAGAGGAACCCGAAGCAGCAGCACUCGUCCACGCUGGAGUCGUACCUCAUCAAACCCAUCCAGAGGGUCCUGAAGUACCCCCUGCUGCUGAGGGAACUCUACACCCUCACUGACCCGGACAGUGAGGAGCACUACCACCUGCACGUGGCAAUGAAGGCCAUGAACAAAGUGGCGAGUCACAUCAACGAGAUGCAGAAAAUCCACGAGGAGUUUGGAGCCGUGUUCGACCAACUGAUCACAGAACAGACCGGAGACAAGAAGGAGGUGGCAGAUCUGUCGAUGGGAGACCUCCUGCUGCACACCACCGUCUCGUGGCUGAACCCUCCGCUGUCUCUGGGAAAGUGGAAAAAAGAGCCACAGAUUGCUGCCUUUGUCUUUCGGACAGCGGUGGUUUUCAUCUGUAAAGACGGCUCCAAACAGAAGAAGAAGACGGGCGGGGCUCACAGAGCGUCCGUGGCGACCGAGGACAAAGACCCGUUUCGCUUUCGUCACAUGACUCCGACCAACGCUCUGCAGGUGCGCUGUGUGGCCAACGCAGAUGGAGAGGGCUCCGCCGUGUGUGACAUCAUCCACAACAAAUCUGAGUCAGAGGGACGUCCUGAGCGGGUCUUCCAGCUCUGCUGCAGUUCUGGAGAAAGCAGGAAGGAGUUUGUGAAGUCUGUGCACUCGGUCCUGAGGGAGAAGCAGCGACGGCAGCUGCUGAAGACCGAGAGUCUGCCCCCGAGUCAGCAGUACGUGCCCUUUGGAGGCAAGCGGCUGUGUGCGCUGAAGGGGGCGCGGCCCGUCAUCAACCGGGCAGCCUCCGCUCCCACCCGCACUCUGGGCAGGAGGAAGCUGCUGCGCAACCGCUUCACCAUCGACACUGACAUCGUGUUCGACAGCGACCCCGACCUGGCCACCCCCUCGGACCCCCCCACAGACCUGGCCACCCCCUCGGACCCCCCCACAGACCUGGCCACCCCCUCGGACCCCCCCACAGACCUGGCCUCCCCCUCAGACCCCCCCACAGACCUGGCCUCCCCCUCAGACCCCCCCACAGACCCCCCUUUGGAGCGGCUGCAGCGCGCCCACAGCCUGCAGUGUGACACCGACCGCUGGGUGGAGGAGCAGUUCGACCUGGAGCCGUACGAGGAGGGGCGUGACUGGGAGGGGCGGGACCAGGAGGGGCGUUACCAGGAGGGGCGGGACCAGGAGGGGCGGGACCAGGAGGGGCGGGACCAGGAGGGGCGGGACCGGGAGGAGAAGCGCGACCACGUAAAGGAGACAGACAUUCUGAGCGACGAGGACGAAGACUUCUGUCGCAAACUCAGCAAGGCCUCCACCGCAGGCCCCGCCUCCACAGCAGACCCCGCCUCCACCGCAGACCCCGCCUCCACAGCAGACCCCGCCUCCACCGCAGGCCCCGCCUCCACCGCAGACCCCGCCUCCACAGCAGACCACGCCUCCACAGCAGACCACGCCUCCACCGCAGGCCCCGCCUCCACAGCAGACCACGCCUCCACCGCAGGCCCCGCCUCCACAGCAGACCACGCCUCCACAGCAGACCACGCCUCCACAGCAGACCACGCCUCCACAGCAGACCACGCCUCCACAGCAGACCACGCCUCCACCGCGGGCCCCGCCUCCACAGCAGACCCCGCCUCCACCGCAGGCCCCGCCUCCACAGCAGACAACGCCUCCACAGCAGACCACGCCUCCACAGCAGACCACGCCUCCACAGCAGACCACGCCUCCACAGCAGACCCCGCCUCCACAGCAGACCCCGCCUCCACCGCAGGCCCCGCCUCCACAGCAGACAACGCCUCCACAGCAGACCCCGCCUCCACAGCAGACCCCGCCUCCACAGCAGACCACGCCUCCACGCUGUCCCUGGAGAGCGAGGAGCUGCUGUCCCCCCUGGAGGAGCUGAGGAGGAUCAGCCUCAGUGCAGACGAGGAGCAGGAGGAGGAGCAGGAAGAGGAGCAGGAAGAGGAGCAGGAGGAGGAGCAGGAGGAGGAGCAGGCCCAGCAGGAGAUCCAGACUCAGAUCCAGACUCAGAUCCAGACUCAGAUCCAGACUCAGAUCCAGACUCAGAUCCAGACUCAGAUCCAGACUCAGAUCCAGACUCAGAUCCAGACUCAGAUCCAGACUCAGAUCCAGACUCAGAUAGACUUCCUGUCCACAGUCAACACUUUGGACUUCCUCACUGAAUGUUUCGAUCUGUAG